CCUGGCCAACCUAAUCGGAAGGUUUGUAGUGGAAAGAACCGAAGCCACCACUCAAUACUGCAUCUACACUCCGCAACGACAAUACGCAGCGCUUCGUGAGCAGGGCACUAUCGCCGAAAAACAGUGUGGGAUAUACAUUCGUGCCAUUGAUCGGUUUCGGGAAGACGUCAAUCAUCUAUACUUGGUCGCACUACGAGGAGUGUUUAUCUGGGACACUCGACCACUUGGAGAAGGAACCCCACGCGACGUUGCGCGAG